UUGAUUAUCGGUAGCUCAUGUUACUCUCAUUCAGCGGAAUAUACGUAUUGUUCCAGAUGUCGUUUCAACUUACCCCUCACCGAGAAGUUGGAUGGAGACAUAGAAUGUCGCCUUUUCACACCUUAUGAUCGUCGACAUGUUGUUGGACGACUAUAUCUUUCCGCUCAUUUUGUCUGUUUUGCUAGUCGUACUGAGCGUCUAGUGUCUGUUGUACUUCCCAUUGUCGACAUAUCCUCUGUAGAAGAAUGUACCGCCGCAUAUGGAGAGAAUCUUACACGAGGCUCUGGAUUGCUUAUUUGCUUACAAAAUGGGGGAACUGUGGUAUUUUCUUGGGUACCAGACAGGGAUCGGGUGCUUGCAAAGAUUACCACAUUUGCAGAAAGGUAUAGGAUUGAAACUACGAUGAAAAAGGUGUCGAGAAAGGUUAGUUACUGCCUCCAGUAUCCUCUUAUCCGCAAGUAUCCAUGUGGAGCUGAUGCUGACGAGAGUUGUCGAGAGAAGUGGAAACGACUUUUCGAUGACUUUGGAAAGGGAACGACUAUGUAUCGGACAGUGGAGCUCCAUCGACUAUUGCUGGAAGGUGUACCGAUCGACCUUCGUGGAGAGGUACCGGACUCUUCACCUGCGAAAUUAGACUGCCUCCAAUAUCCUCUUAUCCGCAAGUAUCCAUGUGGAGCUGACGCCGACGAGAGUUGUCGGGAGAAGUGGAAACGACUUUUUGAUGAUUUUGGAAAAGGAACGACUAUGUAUCGGACAGUGGAACUCCAUCGAUUAUUGCUAGAAGGUGUACCGAUCGAUCUUCGUGGAGAGAUAUGGAUGAUUUGCUCAGGAGCCAGGGCGGAAAUGGAGCUUCAUCCUGGAUAUUACGAAGAACUAUUAAGGAAACAUGAAUCGGUUUAUACAAUAGCACUUGAUGAGAUUGAAAGAGACCUCUACAGAAGUCUACCUGAGCAUCCAGCAUUCCAAGAUGGAGAAGGAAUCGAUGCCUUGCGACGAAUUUUAACUGCGUAUUCGUUUAGAAAUCCAAAUAUAGGAUACUGCCAAGCGAUGAAUAUUGUUAGUUCGGUGUUAUUAUUAUAUGUCAAAGAGGAAGAGGCCUUUUGGUUGCUGGUAGCAAUCUGUGAACGUUUAUUACCCGAUUAUUACAAUAACAAAGUUGUUGGAGCUUUAGUUGACCAAGGUAUGUACGAAACUCGAGCUUGA